UUCGUGUGCACAGACAGUUGUCUCCACGCCCAUUUCAGACGUUUACUUCAAAUUUCCUGAUUUUGAGGCACCAGGACAGGCAUUAAAACUUUUCCUCUACGUCUUUCUUUGCAGCUGCACGUAUUUAACACCUGAGCUGUCAUGGCAAGAUUUCUCCUGAGGUCAAACCUGCGGAGAUGCGUCGCCUCUCAGAUCAGAAUGGCAUCCGAUCAGCUUGGUGAGUUGGGAAAGGGAGCAGGUAAAGGUGGCGGUGGAGGAGGCUCUCUGAGGGAAGCAGGAGGUGCAUUUGGAAAGAGGGAAGUAGCCUUGGAGGAGCGGUACUUCAGGGAGAAGGAGAAGGAGCAGUUGGAAGCGCUGAGGAAGUACCAUGCAGAAGAGAUCGAUCACCACAAGAAGGAGAUCGAGCGCCUACAGAAGGAGAUCGGGCGCCACCAGAGCAGAAUCAAAAAGCUGAAACACGACGACUGAAGCUCAGAGGCUUGUUGUAAUUUCUCUUCUGGAGAAUCCGACCAUGUUCCUAACAAGUCAAUGAUUAUGACAUAUUGACUGAUUUUUCUGCUGGGUCAAGGCAGGUCCUGAGGUCUGUGAGACAUCAUACUGACAUCAUCCUGAUAACUAAAAGAAUAAACAAAACAACAAAAAAUAUAAUAAAGCACUUAAUUUUUGCAUUCUGUUAAACGCUUUGCAAUUUGUGUGAAUCAUUGCCCAUCUAUCUUUUGUUUUAGAAGUGAGUCAUUCACUGUGCUUUGAAUUAGUCAAGAAAAAUAGGCUGAUCCUGGUUAGCGUAUAAACCAGUGAAAUUCAUUGGGCCACAGUCGUGUCAAUCAAAUUUCAACCUCUGUGGUUGGAUCGUGGAUCCGGAAGCGCUCGUUUUCGGUACCUGCGCUGCCCGCGUAGUUUGAACUGCAUAUCUACUCUGCUGAAUCCUAACUAUCUACUUGAAUUGUUGCCAAAAAAUAAAAUAAGUCGGUAACAUGUGAAAUAUAUGUAUGUGUUAAACCGUAUCUCCGCUUCUGUUGCACAAUAUGAUGACGCCUGGUCUGGUUUGUCAAAACGUACAUACCCGCCCCUAUUUGCGAGUUUUCCUUGACAUCUCGCGAUGGUUGUUGAGCGGUGGCGUUGUUCGGGCGAGCCGACGACGAGACCGAAGCUGUCUGGAAAUUUGUCUCGUGGGUUAGACUCGAACGUUAUUAUUGUUAUUAGACAAUUUUGUAUGUCCGACAACUUAAUCGUUUCACAUUUUAACACGCACCGCAGUUAGUUUCCUGAAUUAGACUGGAGAAUGGCUGCCGCUGAGGUGAACGGAAGUUCUGCCCCGGCGAAGGAAGAGGAAGAGCCUAUGGAUGGUGACGACGACACACACAGAGAACUACCAGACGCUCAUCGAUGCCGGCUUCCCCAGAAGGUGGCUGAAAGUCUAGAUAACAUCUUCCAAACAGGCUUGGUGGCAUAUGUCGACCUGGACGAAAGGGCUAUCGAUGCACUGCGGGAGUUCAAUGAGGAGGGAGCGCUUACUGUGCUGCAGCAGUUCAAAGAGAGUGACCUGUCCCACGUACAG